CACGUUAAUUGUUAAGUAUUUAUUAGUAAAUAGCGAUUAUUUAUUGUUAUUCUUUCACGCGGAGAAGCGAUGACGCCCUCACACGCAUUGAGUCUAGUGUCGUAAACGGGUUUACUUACUUUCCGGCACCUGUAAACACGUGUGUAGUGCAGAACUCUCCAGGCUUCUCUACAAUAAAUCGGCGCGAUGGCGAAGAGUUUACGCAGCAAGUGGAAGAGGAAGAUGAGGGCGGAGAAGAGGAAGAAGAACGCGCCGAAGGAACUGGCCCGUCUCAAGGUGGCGCUGUGUAACGAGGGUAAAGGAGAGAUCAGCAUGAAGGACGUGGCUGAGAUCGCCACGGUGGUUCCUGCUGAGAAGCUGAAGGAGAAAGCUGUGGACAUGGUGGAGGAACACGAUGAAGCGGGCAGGAUGGACAUGGACAGUAAGAGGAACCAGAAGACCCUGCUGGACGAGCACGGUCAGUACCCCGUCUGGAUGAGCCAGAGGAACGCCAAGAAGCUCAAACGCCAACGCAUGGUGAAGAAAGGGCAGCAGAAGCAGCAGCAGCAGAAGAAGAAGAAGAAAGGUCUGGCCUGGUAGAGACCUGAUGGACACGAGUCGUCUGGAUUAGUUAAUCCAUGACUGACUGAUUCCACUGGCGGCGUUUCUGGACGGUUUGAUUAUAUCUGAUUAUUAUUAGAUUUUAUUUUGUAGAAUCUGAGCCGAGUUUGGACGAGGGGCGUAUGAGAGGGUGAAUGGUGAUCCUGUGUGAUCUGCUUAUGAAUCUGUAAGUGAUCUACAGAUGGAUCUCAAAGUGACAUGACAGUGAUCUGUAGUUCACCUGUAGGUGACCUGUGGGUGAUCUGUAGAUGAUUUACAGAUGGAUCUCAAGGUGACCUGACGUUGAUCUGUAGGUAAUCUGUAGGUGAUCUAUGGAUAGACCUGCAGGUGAUCUGUAAGUGAUCUGACGUUUAUCUGUAGGUGAUCUGUUGGUGACCUGUAGGUGAUCUACUGGUAGGUUACCUUACAGUGAACUGUAGGUGAUCUGACGUUGAUCUGUUGGUGACCUGACAGUGAUUUUUAGGUGAUCUAAGGGUGAUCUGUAGUUGACCUGUGGGUGAUCUGUAGAUUAUUUACAGAUGGACCUGUAGGUGACCUGACAGUAAUCUGUAGGUGACCUGACUAAGAUCUGCAUUUGAUCUGUAGGUGAUCUGCAGAUGGAUCUCUAGGUGAUCUGUGGAUGAACUUAUCAUUGAUCUGUCAGUGAUCUGUAGGUGAUCCACGGAGAUCUGUUGGUGAUCUGUCGGUGAUCUGUGAUGUGAUUUUGCUUGCGUUUGUAUUAUUUGUGUGUUUUUUUUCUGAAUUAUUCUGAUGUACCAACCGUGUUUCGUGUUUAUUAAAUCUGACUCCUCCCCCA